AUGGGUGGAAUGGCCGCCUCAUCUGACAAAAAGGGAAAGCAGAGCAGUCGACGGGACAUUAGCACCGACUGCAUCAACAACGACAAUACUACCGGAACCACGAGCGAAUCGGACCAUGUGCACAAGCCACGCUCUUCAACAUCAAGCGGUAGUAUCUCAUCAUCACCCACCACGGCUGUUCUUCAGGCUCGCUGUUCUCGGAACGUCAAUCCGGCUCCACUGAACCAAAACGUCCGUUAUGAUGCUGCAGGCCUGCCAAUGCGCUGGGAUCCGUACUCAUCCAACAGCCUAGCUGAUUUUCGCUACGUCUUCCACGGCAUACCGGUCACGGCGUCGCUCCCACACUUUAACCUUCAGGGCGGUGGGUAUGCGCCAUCGCUCCGCCACGAGCCACCAAACGCAUCAGAGCAAAAGAGCAACGACAAGGCUGAGGCAGCAAAGAUGUGGCUGCGUUUGAAUAAGGAAAUCCUCGUCGAGAGGAUGUUAUGCGACAACGACGACGAAGAAGAAGGAGAUACGACGCUAUCGGCUCACAACGAUUCAGGAGGGGACACGGCGCCUUCCUGA